CAUUACACGAGGUCACCAGAUCCUGUUUCUAAAUCUAUGAAUAGGAGACAGAAUUUUCAGUCCAAACACAGUUCGACUCAAUCAACAUUUUGGUUCCGAGAGAAUUAGAGGAUUACUUCUAGAUCACUUUUUUGUUAUUUCAAAGUACACUGUAGAAGAAAAUAAUACUUUGACAAUGCCAGGCAAGAAGAAAAAACAAGGACAGCGGGGAAUCGACGCGGCAGCAAUGCUGGAAUUCAUGAAUGAUUGCCCCACGGAGGAUGAAUUCUACCACAGCCCCAUGGAAAUGCAGAAGAACUCGCUGGCCAAUAAAAAUAAUACUUUGACAAUGCCAGGCAAGAAGAAAAAACAGCGGGGAAUCGACGCGGCAGCAAUGCUGGAAUUCAUGAAUGAUUGCCCCACGGAGGAUGAACCCCCAAUGACAUUCUACCACAGCCCCGUGGAAAUGCAGAAGAACUCGCUGGCCAAUAAAAAUAAUACUUUGACAAUGCCAGGCAAGGAGAAAAAACAGCAGGGAAUUGAUGCGGCAGCAAUGCUGGAAAGCAUGAAUGAUGAUUACUCCAUGGAGGAUGAACCCCCAAAGAAAUUCUACCACACCCCCAUGGAAAUGCAGAAGAGCACGCUGGCCAAUUACAUGGAUCAGUUUCGAGAACAAAAGGAUGUCGAACAUCAGACCUGCAACACAAAAGAUCAACAAGCAGAGCUGGAGCAGGUGAAAGCUGAGAAUGAGGCCCUCAAAGAUCAGCUUCAGUCUGCAAAGCAGCAACAGGAGGCUGCGGAAAAACACUACACGGAGUUGCAAAAGGAGAGAAAUCCAUGGAACCUGAAGGCUCAGCUUCAAGCAGAGAAAGACAAGAAUAGUCGUCUCAUGGCUUCACUGAAGGAGGCAAAACAAGACAAGUCUUCUCUCAUGGCACAGCUGGAAAAAUCCAAGGCCACUCAUCUUGCCCAGCAGGAGAUGCAGACCAAGGAAAACGAGAACACCAUGACUGAAAUGAAGAAAAAGCUUGAAGAUCAGCUCCAGUCUGCAAAGCAACUGAAAGCAGAGAAGGAGGCCCUCCAAAAUGAAUUGGAGGCAAAGAACAACGAGCUCCGUGCUGAAAAGAGGCAGAUUGCUGUGGAAAAAACCAAGGUGGAGAUGGAAUUGGAGAACACUCUGCUUUAUGAGAUGGCUCAGCUGCAAGCUGAGAAAGACAAGAGUAGUCGUCUCAUGGCUUCACUUAAGGAAGCUGAGCAAGACAAGUCUUCCCUCUUAGCACAGCUGGAUGAGAAAAGAAGGGUCAACGCCACCAUUGUGGCUGCUCUUAAAGAGGUUGAGAAGCAGCUGGAGGACAAGACUUCCCUUCUGGCACAGCUGAAAAAAUCCCAGGCCACAUAUCAUGCCCAGUCAGAGUUGCAGGCAGAGAAACACAGGAAUACCGUGGCUGCACUGAAGAAAGACCUAGAAGAUCAGCUUGAGAGUAGCCGUCUCCAAUGGCAGCAGGAGAAAACCUCCCUGCUAGAGGAAAGCGAGAAGGCCAGAGAGUCCUAUGUGUCUCAACUGGAGGAGAAGAAACGGGACAACAACACCGUUGUGGCUGCUCUUAAAGAGGUUGAGAAGCAGCUAAAGAUUGGACAACUCCAGUGGCAGGAGGACAAGACUUCCCUCACGGCACAGUUGGUCAUAACAAACCAGAGGGACACUGACCUAGCUGAACAAAUACAGAGGUGGGAGGCCAGGGAAAGAGGGAUGAGGGAAGACAACAAGUACCUGGAGAAGAGGUUCAGGGACCAACUGGCCGAGACGAAGAGCUGGCAGGACAUCGCUCUUGACCAAUACAGUAAGAGAGGCUUCUGGUUUGGCAAGAAGAAGAUCGAUGAUAGAGAUGCGGAGCUGGAGAGAAUGAAGAGGAAAAUGCAGGAGAAGGAGGAGAAGAAUAGGAUUGUCCAUGGUGAUAAGGUGGUUGAGGAGGCUGCUGCCUGUCAGUAGCUCUCUCUUCCUCCACUCCUCUCCCCCUCUCUGACAAUCUCAUGUUGGGUUUUCACCUGGUGCUCAAGGUUUCCCAAAAAUAUAUAGGCUAAUUCAACACUCUGAAUUGGCCCAAUGUAUAUAUUUAAAAAAAAAAAACUCCUCUCCCCUUCUCUGACAAUCUCAUGUUGGGUUUUCGCCUGGUGCUCAGGUUUUCCCGUAAAUAUAUAGUAGGCUAUAUAUUUGGAAAAAACGUAGGGUUUUCUCCUGGAUCGCUCAGGUUUACCCGUAAAUAUAUUGUAUAUAUUUCGAAAAAACGAUCAAAAUGAGUCGGUGACGAUCUCAUGUAGGGUUUUCUCCUGGUUGCUCAGGUUUUUCCCAUAAUUUAACACCAGUUAAAUUAUAAAAAUAAACAACAAUACACCAAUCUAGCCUCUGAUAAGACACGCUGUUGCAGCAUCAGUGCCGGUCCCAAGCCCGGGUUAAUAGAGAGGGUACAAUAUUGUGACAAAUAACACUGAAACUGAUAAUUAAAUGAAUUUACAUAAUAAAAAAUGUUCCAAAUGGUAUUUUACACACUGUUUUGUAAUCAACAUAUGACCCUCAUCACUGAUGGGCUCAUGAUUUUUUAUUUUUAUUUUUAAUAUUUACUGGUAUUGUAAGUUCAUUACUAGAAAAUUUCCUCUGGGGAAAUUCUGAAAGGGUCAUGGGAGCUACUACCGGUGUGUGUACACUAUGAUGAGAUUCUUCAGAGAUUUCAAACUAUGCUCUUAAA